UGUUGUGGGCGGGGCUAAAUUCGGCUGGCAUCCAGGCUAACACUUUACAUACAUACAUUUUUGCUAAUUAACUUUGAGGUUAAUUCAAAAGCUGUGUUUAUAAAGAUGAAGGCAUAGGAUGAAGGCCCGUAGCCGAAGAAAACGGAAGUGUGUGUGCUAAUUGGCUUCUCAAUAAGCUUAACAGUAUGGUGUUGCUGCUCGCCUUACCUUUCUGUGUCACCAGUCCAGUGCCGAUAGGAACGUUUCAGACCAAAUGUCUUGAACGUCAUUUUUGGCUUUCUGUCAAGUCCACCUUCCUUGGCCUGAUACUCCGUUUUGAAUUUGAAGACCAGUAUGGAUUCCACAUCUUGUCUGAUCAGGAGGCCACACUCUGUGGUUACACUGUCCUGAUCAAUGCUGUUGGAGACCUGGUGUUUCGUGCCUCUUUCCUGGCCUGUCACGUCCACAGCGAGAGAGGCAUCGACUAUCGCCUGCGUCUUUGGUUUGUGAACCUGCAGGCCGAUGGGAAGGUGGCGGCAGCGUAUCCCUUUCAGCUCCACUGCUCACUCCGGGGGCAGUGGAGCACCAGAGAGAUAGUCUGUGAGGAAAACUACAUGGAGGUGUCCAUCCAGCAGCCUAUCCUGCAAAAUGAGAAGAAGGGAGCUGCUGAGGCAGACAUGGCUGUGAUGUUCCACAGAGAGGACCAGUCGCCAGAGGAAGCGAGGGUAUUGUCCCUGGUGGAGGCUGCUGCUCUGGGCUACCACAUCUCAGUGCGUGGCUCUCUCCUCACCCUCCGCUGUCCCUACUCCUCCCCUCUCUCAUACUUUGUCAAGGAGAGGGGAGUGGAUUUAGAGAUUGUCAGAGCAACCAUCCUGUACCGAAUUUCCAACUUCCUCACUGUUGACACCACUGUUGCCUGUGCUCUGAAUGAGGCUACAACAGAUGGGUCUGACCUGCUCUGGACUUUCCCUUAUAUUCUGUCUCCGUUAGUCCACGGUCAGUUCAGGGACAGAGGCAUGAGGAUGGGAGUGAAAGGCCAGGCUCUGAGUGAGUCUGAAAAUAAAGAGAGGGGAUACAAGAUCGGCCUGCAGGAGGGGAGAGUGGAGGUCAGGAUUCCUUUAGGAGCCCAUGGUGGACACAUUAAGAGUGGUGUUGUGAGGGGACGGUACAGCCAGUCCAUGUCUGUCGAUCUUUUCUUCAUGAGUCAGUGGGAGGACGAGCGCUGGCCGCUCACACAGCAUCGCACCACCAGGCUCCUUAAGACUCCUUUCAUCCCACAAAUCCCAGUCUUCACCAACAACACAGUCCUAUCUGAGGGAUUGUUUUCUGUCACCUUAGGUCUCUUUGCACCUGAUGUUUCCUUGCAGAAGGUGACAGUAGAUAGUGGUGGUGACCUUUUAACCUGGACCCAGAGUGACACAGACAGCCUCAGAGUAUCCAGGCUCUCCCACUCUAAUGGGAGCCACUCCUACCAGCUUGGUUUUCCAUUGUCACACCCAAAAAUAAUCCCAGAGCAUAUAGGUGGUGGCUACGAGACGUACAGCCUCUCUUUCACCUUUACUCUUAACAUCGUACCCAACAGAGAAGUGUUUUACCAUCAAGCCACUAUAGAGCAGAGUGUUGAAUACGCAGCUCCGAGUUCCCCGAAGCUGGAGGGGAAGUGCACAGAGAAGAGCCUGCUGGUGCUGCUGCACCACGGGGCCCACCCCGACCUGCAGUGGGAACUCUUCCUCGGAGCUCGCAAACUGGACUGGGACCUGGUGGAGAUGGGUGGGUUCGUGGUGGAGGCGGAGGAGGACUACUUGACUGUGGAGAUCCCCUUCUACAGCCCUGGAAUGAACUAUGUGGAGCUGACAUUGCGGGGUCUUGUGUCUAGGGUGGAAGUGUCUGUUGUGGAUGCAGAGUCUCUGAAAGUGGAGGACAAUCUUGUCCAUGAAUGCACUUUUCCUGUUGGAGAACUCCUAGUAUGUUUGCCAGAAGGGAGGAUGGUGGCAGUAGUCGACACCACCCGCACCAUCCCGCCCACUCACCCCAACCGGACCACCCUAUUGGACCCCAGUUGCGUUCCCAUGGAGACGGACAGUGCCAGAGCAAUGUUCAGCUUCAGCCUGGACUCCUGUGGGACAACUGUAAUUUUCGAGGGAAAUGUCCUUGUUUAUGAAAACCAGAUCAGUUACCCUCAAGAUUUACUGCCUUUAGAUGAUCCUCUCAUACACAGAGAUUCUCCGUACAGGCUGACAAUUCAGUGUCGCUACCCAGCAAACCAUAGUAGUACUCUCGCUAUCCAACACCCUUUGAACUCCUCUCUGAACCUUUCACCCGUGCGAGUCAAACGCACCCGCAGGGAAGCUGCAAACACAGGCCAAAGGAAAUUGAAAGUGAAUUUGGAGGGACAGCAAAACCUUCAUCUCGGACAUUACUUUGAAGGGCUUCUUCGGGACUUGAGCGCCUCAUGCGGGAUCAUGAAACAUUAGAGGUCUAGAGCUCAACUGUCAAGACUUGUCAGUUCUCCAGCUACUGAACUCUUUGGUAAGAACAUUCAGGUGGGAUCUCCACAUAGUUGCUGUAAUUGCUAAAAUCCAUCUCUCUACAGUGUGUUUGACUGAUGGCAAGAUAACUGUAGUGGCUGACUUGUCUCUGGCCAUCACAAGUGGGAGGAGUUUCUGCUAGAACCAACCUGGUAGACAAACUGUGGGCCCAAAGAUGAUCAGCACUAGGACUCUCUUCUCUUUUCCAAUCAACAGCUGUGGAUCCACAGUCAAGGUACUACUGCUUACAACUGCUGUUGAACUAAUUCAGAAAAUUACAUUUACAUCUGGCCACUUGGGGGUGGCAGUGGCUCAGAGGUAGAGUGGGGUCAGCCUUCAACCACAAGGUGGCUCCUCUGGCCACAUGUCACUAAACCCCCAAGUUGCUCCCCCCAUGUUGCUGUCCACUGCUACUAAUACCUAGGAUGGGUUAAUUGCAAUGAUUUCACACUUCUCCAGCUUUGCAAGGAGUGUAAUACAUAUGGAAAUAAAAAAAUGUUUUGCUGAUUACAGGUAUAUUUUAAACCAAUCUAUUUUGUCUAUUUACCCCUCAGCUACUUGUAAUUCCAGAAAUUCCCUUUUCUUGCAGGGUGACAAUGCUGUGUACAUAUCCUUUGGCUGGACUGUUAGUGUCUUCUCGGUAUACAGGUUUAACCCUUGUGUUGUCUUUGAGUCAAAUUGACCCGUUUUCAAUUUUUGUUUUAUAUCAGAAAAAACAGGAUGUAGAAAUAAGCGCUGAAAAUGUGUCAAAUGUUUGUUUUUGUUUUUCCCAAGGUUGACGGAAGGACAACCCAAGGGUUAAGUCUUACCAGGGCUGUGCAUUUAAUCGUGAUUAUGAUUUCGGCUCCCAAUGAUCACAAAAACAGAAUAAUCGAAACAAUUAUUUAGCUCAUUACGUUUUGCAAGUAAACUUAUUUUCUUGUGUUCUGAAUGAAAAAAUAGUUUCAAUAGGAAAGGUAUUAAGGCAAAGUUCACAGUUGUAUGUGUUUUUUUC